ACAAGUUACAAUAGAUUGCAGCAUCUUGUUCAUGAUGUCUGACAAGUUUCCAUCUUCAUUGGCUUAACUGCAUGAAUGGUACAAACAGGCAGUCCUUGCAUAACUGACAAGCAAACGAAACGGAUAUCUGCCCAAACGACUCACCAGAGGUUUGUCCCUGGGGUUGCUACAUGGCUACUAUGGAAUCAAAUCUGCACACAUAUACGGAACUUGAACUGAUUAACCUACACUAACCCAGGCUAUUCUCAUCGUUCAAGUUGAACUUACACUCCGGAGUUCUAGAGCAUGACUUAUAUCUCCAACCUAACAGAAAUAUGGAUAACCGAGAUAAUAACCAACACAUCGGUGGGGGAGUAGAAGCGGGCAGUCAGCAGCGAGUUACCAGCUCCGACUCUACUCCUAGUCCCCGACCAACGCAGAACCAGACACCACUACCGCAUUACUUCAUCGUCCGCCCAGGAACGACAAAGCACACAGCGUCAGGCACAGUAACAACACCCGGACCCAUCGUGCCUCUCAUCGCCGUAGACCAACUACCCGAAUGGCUAGACUUAUUCGGUGUGCCGCGCGAGCUAAGCGUCGAGCAGACCGUCGGUCUCUGCAACCUAGGAACCGCGGUCAGAAAUCCCGAGUUCUACCAGGUGCAUAUGCACAAUGACCUCCAAGCAACUCCGACUGCUUCCCAAGAGGACUAUCACGCACAGACAGAGCAGACCCUACGAGGCCGAGCACAGGGUACGAAUGACAGUAGAUUGGUGCCUGUCGACAUUCCCACAAUAUCGGCCUCUCCCUCCACCUCAUCAUCUACAUCGUUGACAUCGGCAGAAGAAGGGUCGACGGCAAGUUCGCGGGAAGAUCUAGUCUCGGAAUCCUCUCCUACCCCUAGCGGUCCCAGUACCCAAGCCACCAGCAACAGCAACCCCCACACCAAACCAGACAAAACCAGCUCCAACAGCACCAAUACCACAACAAGCCAACACCCAAGAUUCCCCUCACCAACCGUAUCAGGCAGCACGCCCCCCACACCCCCAAACGCCCACUUCCUCCCAUCCUGGUACCCCCCAUCCUGGUACCCCUCCCGCUCCCGCAACAAACCCUCCCACCGACACGCCCCCAGACCCAGCAGCCACAGCCAUACCGCCGGCAGCCCCUCAAGCACAUACUGCAAACACUGGUGCCACCGCGGCACCUGCCGCUGGGGCGCGCAAUGCCGAUACGCGCACGAGAUGCCGACGACAGCCGCGGGCCUCCGCGACGUCGGGCUCGCGCACCACCCGGCGUGGUAUACCACCGCCGUGAAUAUGGCUUUCGGGCCGGGCGGGUUCGCUCGCGGGGGCAAUGUCGGUGUGUUAGGGUCGUGUCCGCCGCCGCCGCAGUCUGCUGCUGCUGCUGGUGUGUUGCGGUGUAGGGAGAAGGUUAAGGAGAAGAAGAAUGUUGGAGCGGGGGCGGCGGCGGGGGUAGGAAAGGGGAAGGGGUUGGAUGGGAAGAGUAGUGGUGGUGAUGGGGUGUCGGCGGAAGCUGAGCAGCGGGAGGAAGACGCUGCGGAGGAGAAUGUUGAUGUUGGUAGUGACCAAGGGGAAAAACAGCCGGAUGUUGUUGAGAAAUUAGUUGAGAUCUAAGAGAAUUAAUAAAAAGCUGUUGGGAUGA